UUCACUCAUCAUGCCAUCCUUCAACCAGAGCAUUUUCCACCCUGCAGUGUUCUGCCUUACUGGCAUCCCUGGUCUCGAAAUCACUCAUACCUGGAUUGCCAUCCCAUUCUGUUGUUUCUAUGCCAUUUCCCUCUCUGAGAAUGGCAUGAUCCUAUUUGUCAUUGUCACUGAGUCGAGCCUCCAUCAACCCAUGUACUAUUUCCACUCCACGCUAUCCUUCACCGACCUAGGUUUGUGCCUAUCCACGGUGGUCACUAUGCUGCGUAGUUUUUGGUUCAAUGCUAGAGAAAUCAGCUUUAAUGUCUGCAUCGGCCAAAUGUUCUUUAUCCAUGGCUUCAUGUUCAUGGAGUCUUCAGUGCCCCUGGCAAUGGCCUUUGACUGCUCCAUUGCCAUCUGUAAUCUGCUGAGAUACGCCACAAUCUUAACCAAUUCACGGAUUAUCAAAGCAGGCGUUGCAAUUGUUAUCAGAGGAACAACAGCUCUGCUGCCUUUACCUCUGCUCCUUAAACGUCUGUCUUUCUGCUGAAGUCAUGUGCUUCAUCACUCCUACUGCUUCCACCCUGAUGUGAGGAAGCUUUCAUGCAUAGACACCAAGAUCAACAGUGCAUUUGGCCUGGCCAUUGUCAUCUCUACUGCUGGCAUAGACUUUAUCUUGAUCGCCAUCUCCUAUGUUCUGAUCAUCCGCUCCAUGCUCAGUAUUGCCUCCCCAGAGGAGCAGAAAAAGGCCUUCAGUACCUGUGUCUCACACAUAAGUGCCGUUGCUAUAUUCUAUAUCCCUAUGAUCAGCUUGUCCCUGGUGCAUAGAUUUGGGAAGAGUGCUCCUCCUUAUGUGCACACUCUCAUUGCCAACGUCUACCUGCUCAUCCCUCCUGUAAUGAAUCCCAUAAUCUACAGUGUGAAGAUCAAGCAAAUUCGCAAGACUGUGCUCCAAGUAUUCCUUUCGAAGAGAAUUUAA